GAUGCGUGUGGGACGCCAUUUUUUUCAUUGCUGUUGUUGCACUCGGGUGGUAAGGAAGUGUUGUAAACAAGGUUGUAAAAGUGUUCGUUGUUUUUUUUCUUCAAAAAUUUAGUUGAUGAAUCCCCUGAAAUGGUUAUGUUACGCUCGGUGUUCUAGGCAAAGAUGCGCCCCGAAGUAGGAGUGGUUAAGGGACACCUCACCUCGACAAUCUCAACCUAGCCACGGACAGCGCCGGCUGGAAGAUUCCGGGAAUCAACGAACCUGCAAAUGAUUGUAACGGGACCAGCACCAACAAGAAACUGAACCCGAUGGGUGUUCGGAAGCGGCACGCGGAGGAGGAGCAGCUUCUGGUGGCCAAACGAACCAGUGCCGGCGUUGUCCAUGAAGAGGGCAAACACGAUCAGAGCGACCUGCGCUGCGAAUGGGGCAACAUUGCCAUCCUAUUCUUUCUGUACCUGCUGCAGGGCAUUCCAAUCGGGCUGGCGGCGGCGGCCAUCCCGAUGAUGUUGCAGAAUCGCGGCGCCAGCUACAAACAACAGGCCGACUUCAGCAGUGGGCUGCUGUGGGCGCCGAUCGUCGACUCGCUGUACAGGUCGCGCUUUAGCUGGCGCAGUACCUGA